UUCAUGCGGUGGUCUGUGUGAAUGCAUUCAGCGGUGGUCCAGUUUGUUUGAGUCUUUGCUGCGCUAACCUGCAACUUCAAGUCAUUAACGUCAGCUAAUUCGCGCGUGCGCUUCCUCCUCGAAGGAGGAAAGCUAGCCUGCUAGCGUGGAAGUUGCACUCGGUUGUGGCUGGCUAACGUUAAGUUAGCUUAGGUCGUUUAAGUUUAAGCGAAAUAGGUUUAAAUGAUGUCAGUAUUACACAUUUUAACUCCAUCAGAGAGUUGGAUUAGCUGCUGAAAUAUUUUAACCAUUGACAUUAGCGCCAGUCUUUGUUCCACCUUUGUGUGAUAACGUCUGUCUGCGUUAACGUUAUAUAUUGACAUUUCGCUGACUUAACUUUGAAUCCUUUUGCGAGAUAAACUUAGGUCGUUAUUUCCCCCAGGUAGUCUGAGCUAGCGAAACUGUUGUCCUCUGACUUCACUGGUUCGACUGUUUACACUCCUGCCAUUGCAAACAUGUCCACGGUAGUGGAGCCUGCAGCUGCACAGUCCACCAUCACUACGAUGCCAGCAGGUAGUAGUCGCUUGUCCUGUACAGUCUACGGGUGCAAGAGAUCUUAUACAGACAUAGAAGCGCUCAACUGUCAUAUCAACGACCACCAGAUUCCUGCAGAGACUUUUCCAGGGAAAAUCUUCCUGUGCUCUACAAUGGGCUGUGAGGGCUCAUUUACAAGCAUGCAACAGCUGAUGGAGCAUAUGAGGGUCCACUAUAAGCCAAAUAUCUACUUCAUCUGUGAGAGUUGCCGGUCAAAGCUGCGAUCCUAUCGCACACUGCUGAAGCAUCUACAGACCUGCGCUAAAGUGGCCAAGAGUAGGGCAGCACGGGCAGGGGCACCCGGUGAACAAGGGGCUGAGCAUGAGCUCCAGGCCCCGGUCUUUGCACCUGACCCAUCAGAGACCUCUGAGCUGGAGCAGAUGGAGACCACCCCACCAACCGCGGAACCCCCUUCAGCUGUGGGGCAUUUCCCCGACCCCACGCUCUCUUCUAGUCCCACGGAGGCCUCUGUUCAGAGUCCCAGCAUGUCUCAGACUUCCCCAUCACAGCCACUCUCCUCCCCCUCACAUCAGAGUGCUGCAGCCGCCUCCAAUGCUGUCUGGAGGAAAAAUCAAGGCCAGUCCUUUAGCAGCCGUAUCCUAUGGGAGCACACCAGGGGCCGCUACAACUGUCUCCAGUGUGGCCACAGCACCGCCAACCGCAAGGAGAUGACCGCUCACAUUGAGAGCCAACACAAGAGUCCCUCUGGCAAACCACCCUCAGAGCCUGAUGGAACAGAGAGCUCCCCUACACAGCUGCAGUCACCAUCAGAUUCUGAGCUCUCAGCCGACACCCACCCGUGACUCACUCUGUAUCUCUCCGUAGUGAAUAUCUUCACCACUGUAUCUUAUCAUGACAAUACUAAAAACCUGGUUGAAAUAUUUAUUGAAAGACUAUUUUGUGUAUAUGCAUUUAAAAAUAUUUUGAAUGCAGCUUCAUGUUGUAAGUUUUAUGUUUUGUCUUUGAUAGUGUCACCCGCUAUUAAAUAAUUCCAUGGUGAA